UUCAAAAUGGCCGCCUGAGAGGAGAUUGUACCAUCCAUGGAUUGUACACUUUCCCAAAUUAAACUAAUCCAACGGAUAACAUUGCCUUCUUUUGCAACGUUGACUGUCUUUACCGAGAAGAACUUGUUGUCAUGUAAUUUUUUUUGACAAUAACACUUCUGAAUAGAAGCACCGGAGACAUUAUCUGUCUGAUUUAUGGAGUACCGGAAUCCUGCUAAAGAUUAAAGUGUUGAAGUUCGUUAUGGACAGCUUUUUUAAGGCUGCUGUAGGUGAUCUGGACAAACUCCUUGAUGACUUUGAGCUAAGUUCUGAAGAACUUGAAUGCAAUCCAGUGUUCCUGAAGCCAACAGUUUACUCUCCCUUCUCAGCUGCAACCUCCUCAUGUUCUUCGUCAGAAACAUCCGCUGUUUCUACAACCCUCCCUGACCUCAACUCGCUUCAUUAUGGCACUAUUUCCCCCUUUCCCGGGUGCUUCAUUAACCAUAACCACACUACAGAAGCACGAGAAGGCAAAGUUCAACCACUCACAUGCGUGGACCUUCUCUCCUCUGUAAAUCGUAGGCAAGUCAAAAGCUCUGCUCCUCCAUGUCCAGAUCGAGCUCUGAAGCCAGUCUGUGACCUUGUAAAUGACACCAGCUCUGCUAUCCUAAUGAACAGCAAUGAUGCUUUCAGUGAGCUGGACAUGGUGGAGAGGCAGAUGGAGCAGGAAGAGGCAUUGCUUGUACACUUUGACCAACCUCUUGCUUCUGGAACGAAUGUUGUAGGAAAUGGUGAAACUGCCAUAUCUGAAAGCAGUGUGGCUGACCAGCUUUCUCCUCAAAAGGAGGAGCCAAGUUUGUAUUUGGCCUCCCUGGACAUCAUUCUUCCAUUGGCAACAGACCGGUCUAGUGAGUCUGCUUUGGACUCAUUCCAAGAACAGAAAGCUCAGUCAGUUGAAUGUGAAGUAUUGGCACCUACCUGCCUAACAGAGGAGAGUUCUUUGAACCCAUGUGAAGGGGACAGUACACAGCCUGUUGAGUGCAUGGCAGCAAAUGAACCAAGCCCUGACAAGAAAAUGGAAACUGAUGAAUAUUCACAUGAAGGGUGUGAGGCAGAGGCUCAAAUGCAGUCCUAUCAGGAGUUACCAAACAGUCAGCCAAUAAGUUUGUCGUGUUUGCCUUUAGCUGUGUCUAUCUGUGGGUCUCUAGUAAAUCAUAAUACAUUGGAGUGUGAUUUUGAGCAGUCUGUGGAGCCUUGUGACGAAUGUGUAUCUGAGAACACAGAGGCAGAUUGUUUGUCCAUUGAACAUCAUUUGGAGCAAAGUUCAGAGGAACCAUCUGAGUUUCCCAUAACUCUCCAUGAGACCGAUGUCAGACUGUCCACAGAUGAGGCUUCCUCAGAUGUUGUCCUACCUAACCACUCAGAACCUAGCCCAGUCGACCCUCCUGAGUUUGACUUUGAGUAUUUACCUGAGAGUGACCAGGCUGAGAUGCUGGUCACAGAUGAGGAGUUGGAUGCAUUUCUCCAGGCACAUAGCGAGGCAGAAGAAGUCAAUAGUGUUUCUUGUUUCAGCACGUCUAGAGAUUUCCCCAUACUUGAGUCUAUUCCAGAUGAACAGAGAACGGUUGUGGGUGAGGAGGUGGUGAUUUGUAGUCAGGCAAACAGUGAUAUUCUUGAAGGUCUUGCAUCCCCAGAAAGUGACAGAACAAUGUUGGUGUCUGUGGACCAAAAUCUAAUAGAUGGUGCUCAGUCAGACUGCUCUUCUAGUCCUUCUGGGGUGAACGGUCUGUCAACCAGCAACACAUUCCAGUCCCAGCAUAGCAGUAGCACUGAACAUGGAGGUGCUCGGCCUAAAAUGCUUAACUGUCAGACCUCCAGAACACCACCAGCAGAAGGGGAGCAACUUCAAAACACCACUGGUUCUACAUCACUGCCAGGGGUAUCUGAGAUCAAGUCCACUUCGCCUACAAUGUCCAGUCCAAUAGAGGAGCCGUCUGAUCUGAGUGAAUGUAGCUUAAUGCAUAGUCCUCAGGACCAUGACGGUUACUGUCCAGGCUAUGAUGAGCUGUCAGAACCUCCACCAUAUCCUGGAGAGGCCAUCACUGGCAGUGUGCAGUGUGCUGAGUGGAAAAGGGAAGGGGAGGAGGAGCUGGGGAUCAAGCAACCUGCAUGGAUGCCUGAUGCAGAAGCACCAAACUGUAUCAAUUGUGUUCAGAAGUUUACAUUCACCAGAAGGAGGCAUCACUGUCGAGCAUGUGGGAAGGUAUACUGUGGGCUAUGCUGUAACAGAAAGUGCAAGUUGAAGUACCUUCAGAAAGAGGCUCGCGUGUGUGUCGUCUGUUUUGAUUCAAUACAACGUGCCCAAGCUCUGGAGCGGAUGAUGAGCCCUACCGGGCCCAGUCCAAACCCCAAUGUCCCGUCUGAAUACUGCAGUACAAUCCCACCUCUGCAGCAGGCUCGCGCCGCAGGCACUUUGAACUCUCCUCCUCCUACCGUCAUGGUGCCUGUGUCUGUUCUGAAGCACCCAACCAAUGAAAGUUGUCCACGAGAGCAGAAGCGGGUGUGGUUUGCAGAUGGCAUUCUGCCUAAUGGAGAAUUUGCAGACACUACAAAACUAUCCGUGACGGGCCGUAAAAGUGGAGAGUUUACGCCUGACCAAAUACCCAGCCCAGCUGACUCAGACACUGGAAGCAGUAGCCAGUCUACUGCUGAAACAACUGUCCCUACAGAAGUGGAGCGACCACAGCUCUCUGGUCCCUGGGAUUUCACCUUGCUGUCUGCCAUCAGUUCUUCUGUGAGAAUGAUCCCCAGUCUCCUGCCAGAUAAUGUAGAUGAGCUGCCUCCUUUACUAAUUACCACUGGAGAGACAGAAGUUGGAGAUAUUCUUGUGGAGGAAGCUCCAGCCCCUUGUCAGAUUCUGCAUUUAUUGGAGGAAGGAGGACCUCGCCCUUUAAUGUUUGUGCUGAAUGCAAACUUGUUGGUGAAUGUCAAAAUAGUAACUUAUGGUAAUCGCCAAUGCUGGUGCUUUGGCUCAACAGGGCUGCAGGCACUGGGACAGAAAGAGUUGGUAUUUCUGUUGGAGUGUUUGCCAGAAGAAAAGAUACUGCCACAAGAUCUUUUUACCCUUUAUCUCAACAUUUAUCAAGAUGCACAAAAAGGGAAGUUUAUAGAUGACUUGGAUAACAUUACGUUCACAAGCAGUUUUCUGGGCAGCAAGGACCAUGCUGGGAUGCUUUUCUUCUCUCACAGCUGUCAGCCUCUAGAUGGGCUCAGUCUGCCUCCUGAGCCUUUCCUCUUUGGCCUGCUCAUACAGAAACUAGAAGUUCCUUGGGCGAAAGUCUUUCCUCUGCGACUUCUUCUACGAUUGGGCUCUGAAUUUGGUGCCUAUCCCGCGCCCCUGUCAAGUGUGCGUUUUAGGGAUACUGUGUACCGGGAAACAGGCCACACAAUAAUGAAUUUACUGUCCGAUCUUAGAAACUACCAGUACAGUCUGCCUGUGGUGGAGGGCUUGCGAAUCCACAUGGAGAUGGGCCAUAGUUAUAUUGACAUCCCCAAAAGCAGUGUCAGUGAGAUGCUUAAAGUUGUAAAUUCAUCCAAUGAACAUGUGAUCAGUGUUGGAGCAACGUUUAGCCCUGAGGCAGACUCUCACCUUGUGUGUUUUCAAAAUGAGGAAGGAAACUAUCAGACUCAAGCUAACAGCAUGCCCGGAAAGACACGAACAGUGACAGGGGCCAGUUUUGUGGUCUUUAAUGGAGCACUAAAGCCUUCGUCAGGUUUUAAAGCAAAGUCCAGCAUUGUAGAAGAUGGACUGAUGGUGCAGAUCCCACCAGAGACCAUGGAGUCCCUCCGCGUAGCCCUCAGAGAGCAAAGAGACUUUGACAUACCUUGUGGCAAAAGCGAUGGCACAGAGGUCAGAGAAACUGUCACUGUGCGCUGGAUCAACUGGAGUGCACUUGUCAAUAAGGGUAAAACAAGUGCAGUGGAUGGGAAAUCACUGGAUGGAGUUCACAGUGUAAGAGUUCAGCAGGACUCAGAGUUUCAAUCUGAUGGGCGUUCUAUUAGAUGUACUGAGGUUUUCUGCCAAUUGAAGAGUUCUGACACCAGCCUUGUGUCUGUGCUGGCCUCAUGCAGUGCUUUUCAGAAAGACAUUGCUUUAGCCACAUGUAGUGCCCUCACCCCACACCUCUCUGUGCUCAUGUCAAGUGGUAUUAACUCCCUGUCACUGCGAGUCUCUACACAGGCUGACAUGGCUGAGUAUCAGGCUGGUUCUCGAGGGCGGCUUCUCCCACAGCGUUACAUGAAUGAGCUAGAUAGUGCUUUAAUACCGGUCAUACACGGAGGAAGUGCAAGUGUUCCCCAGACUGCUAUAGACAUGGAGUUUGUUUUCUUUAUUACAUACACCAUCUGAUGUGGCACAAUGCAUGACGAGCCUAAGAUGGCUGGCAUUUAAAAUAUAAACUAUGAUAUAAACGAUGUGGGACAUACAGUUUGGAUAAGGAACUGCUAUAAGUCCUGCAGACACCAAAGCUGCUUAUAUUCAGGAAGCCAAAUGCUAAUCAAGAACACCCUUACCAAAAACAUAAACUCUUGGAGGUGUUUAUUUCUGCCUUCCAGCCUGGGGCCACUCAGUGAAUGUUCCUGCAACACUUAUGUGGAUGUAUUUAUUCUUUAUAGUUUUUGCUGAUGAUUUAAAUUAAAUCAAAGGACAGUCACAAUUAUACCAGGUCUGUAUGAUGGAGAGCUGUUAUAACUUUUUUUCAGUCACUGACUAUUUACACUUUCACUGUAAUUGCAUGUAUGCAUAUGUGACUUUCAUAAUGAUGUCAAAUGACAGAGGUUUUCAGAAUUAUAUAAUUUGUUAAUAUAUUUAUCUUUGAAGAAUUGAACUGAUAUCAGAUGUUACGUCAUCUUCCCAGAAAUGUAUUGAAUUGUGUUAAUGUCUCUGUUUUCAUUAAUGUUUAAAAUCAACUGAUGGCAUUAUGCAGUUUGAUUUAAAAUUUCUCAGAAAACUUCUGACUGGACUGGUUUUGUCCUUAAUAUGUAUUCACUGUACCAGUUCCCCACUUUAGACCACACUUAAACGUAAGCAUAAACUGUGCUCCUCCUUCUGAAUGAAUGUCUGAGCAGCUGUUUUGUCUACAUCAUACAAACCUGGUUGAUGUGAUUAACUACAUUUUGUAAAUGUACUUGUGACAACUGCUUCUCAAGCUUUUCUAUUUGUCAUCUUUUUUUCGGAUGUUGUGCAAGAGCAGUUGAUUAUACAUCUUGCAUUUUGUCUUUCCUCUGUACACACUCCCAUUGUACAGAAAAUAUACUUUAUGCAAAUGUGGCUCCACUACUACUCAGUUGUUUUUUUAAUAGAUGUUACUUUUUUGGAGUCCAUGGUAAAAGUUUAAUUAAACUGAAUAAUCACAUAUUUUUGAUAGAAAGAAGGCAGUUAACUGUAGUUUUUGUGUUAUACAGGAAUGAAAAACAUACUACCAGUAAUCAGCUAUGCUGCUUAAUGUAAUUAAUCUAUUUGAGCAAAUGUGCACAUGUUAUGAAAACAUAAAUUGAGCCAGCAUUUUUGACUUAAUUAAAUGACAAAUCAAUGUUCAUUUGAACAUUUUUGCUUCUUUUAACUUGCCAGUAGUAGUCAGGGGAGUAGCAGAGGGUGCUGGUAUUUUGUUGUGGUGAGCUGCUGGCAUUUUUAUGUCCUUUUUAUUAGCAGUUAAUAGUCUUCAGUUAUGUAAAUCCACUAUUCAUGGACACCAGCUUUAUUUUAAAGAACCCAGUGUAUCUGAUCAGUUUCUGUCUGAACUAAAAAAUUAAAAUAUAUUUAUAAAUUAA